GGCGACCCCCUGUGUCGCAUUUAUUUUUGUACAGUUGAGUCGUUCUGAACAUUAAAACAAAUACACUUUGCGUGAAACAUGUAACAGUAUAUAUCGAUCCAAACUACAUAAUAGUGUCAUUUAUUAUUUUGAAAUAAAAAUACAUCUAACCUGAAUCCACCUACCAGAAACCAAAUUCAUGUACAAAGGAGAUGAAAAGAACAACCAAUACCUGAUGAGCCGAUCCAUCUUACGGAAACAUCUUCAGAAAUCAUUUUGUAUGCUGCAACAAGUUACUGAGAUCUUCAAGACCACUCUUGCUGAGUGUACUCCACAAAUCAGUGGGCUUGUCAACCUCUGCGAGCAGCAUACAUCUUGCUGCAAUGUCAGAGUUGAGGCGUUGCCAUUUGCUGCCAAAUUUCCAGACGUCAAGGAGAGAUUGCUGUUCAAGUUAGGAGUGGAAAUUAAUGACAGAAUAGAGUGCAUGAAGUCUCAGAUAUGUUUGUUGAAAUAUGAUCAAGAGAAAUUAAAAAAACAGCUAGAUGUCACCAUGAAGACCUACAACAAGUAUUCAAGUGACCUUGACACUGAUACAAUGACCUAUCAGACCGCAGUAAGCCCAUCAAUGGCAGAGAUGCUUGAGUGGCUAACAACUGCAGAGAAAUUAUUGUAUGUCCAGUAUCACAUGAAAGAACAUCUUCUUGACAACUUGGUUUCCAUAGAUAUUUCAAAACAUGAAAAUCUGUUUUGUGACUGGUGCAAGGGUGAUACAGAAAUGUUUGAGAUGAUACAAGAUUAUCUUUGCUGCGUUUCAUUCGUUUUGGAAGAAGAAAUUUACCGGUAAUAUAAAGUCAUCAUUCUGAAAGAACAUGAAACAUUGACUGUCAUGAUAGCCUGCAUCCCUCCCCAUCCCAUGAGUCGAAUUGAAAGGGGCUGCAAUACUGGAAGAAAAUGUACACAACAUGGUAAUGGAUUCACAGGCGUAGCCUAGUAGUUGGGAAAGCCAAGGGGACAUCGGCCCUUCCCAUAAUACAGUUUCAGGUCAUUUACCACGAUUCUGCUAACUCGGUAGGGACAGUGUUUUACAUGCUCUGGAAAAACAGGUCAUUUACUAUCUGUAUGUGUGAUGGAAGUAAUUUUCAAUAAUUUCGAGAGGUGUAAGUAAUAUUAUACAUGGUGGAAAAUACAUGUCCACAACAACAUGCCCAGAAAAAUUAAAGUAUGUUAUUGAUUACAA